ACUGCGGUAUCAUUCUUGGUGAGGGAAGGGCAGUAUUUAUUAAGUGUAAUUUAUCGCACGUUCUCUAAAAGCUACCAGUUUGGGGGUGGUGGUGGUGGUUAAGAGAGACAGAGCUAAAGUCUGAGUGAUAACUAGGGACCGUUGAAAGGUCACUGGGAUAACGCAAUUUCAAUUUGAAACAUGGACUUUUUAAGAGUCGAAACGGAGGAACGUUUCACUUAAUGAGGUACCCUCGAGAUAUAUGUAGUGAGCGAUGACGUACCACACGAUGUAAGACAAAGCACACACAAACACCACAACACGUAAUUAAACAUAUAAACAAACUGAAACAGGGUAAGUGACAGUGAAUUCUACAAACCAAGAUGGAGGGGAAGGAGAAGAAAAAACACAUGAAGAAGCACAGUGGACCAAAGGCUGAUAAGAAGAGGAAGCGGUAUCUGAAGGACUUGGGCCUUGAAGGUGAGGAAGAUGCCCGUAAGCGGAACCCUAAAGCCUUUGCAGUGCACUCCGCUGUGCGGAUGGCAAAAACCUUCCACAGGACCCAAGACUUGAAGACCAAAAAACACCACAUUCCACUGGUUGACCGAACCCCACUUGAACCUCCUCCUGUAGUUGUGGUGGUAAUGGGUCCACCAAAAGUCGGAAAGAGUACUCUGAUACGAUGCCUUAUCCGUAACUUCACAAGGCAAAAACUAACUGAAAUAAGAGGUCCAGUGACCAUCGUCUCAGGUAAGAAGCGUCGUCUGACCAUCAUUGAAUGUGGGAAUGAUAUCAAUGUUAUGAUUGACCUGGCCAAGGUGGCUGACUUGGUUCUAAUGCUUAUUGAUGCAAGUUUUGGAUUUGAAAUGGAGACCUUUGAGUUUCUCAAUAUUUGCCAGGUGCAUGGUUUUCCAAAAAUAAUGGGGGUCCUAACUCAUUUGGAUACUUUUAAAAACAACAAACAUCUGAGAAAGACAAAGAAACAACUUAAACACAGAUUCUGGACUGAAGUCUAUCAGGGUGCCAAACUUUUUUAUCUUUCUGGGAUGGUUUACGGAGAAUAUCAAAAGCAGGAAAUUCGGAACCUUGGUCGUUUUAUCUCUGUGAUGAAGUUUCGGCCACUUAUCUGGCAAACAUCUCAUCCUUAUAUCUUGGCAGACAGGAUGGAAGAUCUCACAAACCAGGAAGAAAUUCGAGUGAACCCUAAAUGUGAUAGGAAAGUAUCUCUGUAUGGAUAUUUGAGAGGGGCUUACUUAAAGAAUAAAAGCCAAGUUCAUGUUCCAGGUGUUGGUGACUUUGCGUUGAGUGAUGUCAGCUUCCUGCCUGACCCAUGUCCGUUGCCAGAACAGCUGAAGAAGCGUUCACUAAAUGAAAAGGAGAAACAAAUUUAUGCCCCUAUGUCUGGAGUUGGUGGAGUUGUUUAUGACAAAGAUGCUGUGUAUAUUGAUGUGGGAGGUGGGAGAGUGAAGGAAAGCCAGGAGGAGGAAGAGCAGAAGCCAUCCCAGGAGCUGGUGCAGACCCUCAUUGCCACUCAUGCCACCAUUGAUACCAAGAUGGCAUCAAGCAAAGUGUCCCUCUUCAUGGAUUCCAAGCCGCUAGGAGCAGAGGAUGUGCAAGAUAUGAGAUCCAGUUUGCCCAAAGAAGAACUCGUUGUGGAUCCAGAAACCGGGAGAGUACGUCGGAAAGCCAUUUUUAAAGAUGGCAAUGAUGAUGACCUUACAGGUGAAGACAGUAACCAGGAUGGAGAAACGUCUGAUGAAGAUCAAGAGGAGAGUGAUGAUGAAGACAUGGAUGUGGGCAGUGAAAAUGAUGAGGAAGGUGAUGAAAAGAUGUCAGAGAUGAAUCGUAGGCCUAUUAAACGUCAAAAAGCAGAAGAUAGUGAAAAAAAAGAAAUAGUGGAAUUGCCAGCCUUUGCCGAUAGUGAUGAUGAGUUAGAGCUGAGUUCUGCGGAGGAGGAGGAUGACAUGGGUGUGGUAGUGGAAGAAAAUGAGGAAGGGGGACUUGAUAGGGUGGAAGAGUCAGUAAGUGAACACGAUGAGGACUCUGAUGAAGAUCUAAAAAUCGAAGAUAUUGGCAACAAAUUUGAGUCCAGAAAAGUGACAAGCAAAAAGACAAAACAAGCAGAGAAACAUACUCCACUUUCUAGAGGUGGCAUGCACACAGCAACUGAUUCUGGAAACUCUUCAGGGGAUGCGUCCAAUUCUGAUCAUCAUUCGAACUCUGAGUUAGACACUGAAGUCUCUGAUUCUGAAGACCAGAAUAUUGAACUACGGAUUCACAGCUCUAAGGGACCCUGUGGCAAAAUGACCAAGAAGGAUAUUACUGAGCUACUUGUUGAAGAGAAAUAUGAAGAACCAAAUGACCCCUGUCUUGAAACAGCAGGUGCCUUGAAAUGGAAGGAGGAUCUUGCUCAGAAAGCAGCUGAAACAUUUUUAAAGCAGAAGCGAGCACCAAAUUUGCGUAAACUAGUUUAUGGAGCAGUUGCUGAGGAUGAAGGAGAGGAAGAGAAUAAUCAAGAUGAACUGGGAGGAUUGUUCCAUGUUAGUCGUCCUGACAAAGAAUCGAGAUGCAAGAUCAAUGGAUUAGACUGUUCAAAAUUUCCUGUGGACUCUCCUCAAGACUGGGACCAAGAAGAGGUCAUGAAUUCUAUCCGUGACUGUUUUGUAACUGGGAAGUGGGAAGCUGACAAGGAUGCUGCAAAGCUCCUGGAGGAAGAUGAGGAGAUUUAUGGUGACUUUGAAGACCUGGAGAAGAACAUUGUUCACAAAGGAAAAGUUGCGAUGCAAAUUGACGAGAUGCGAGUUAAGAAGCACCGUUGGUAUAAGAAGAUUCUGAAGACGCGGAACCCACUUAUCUUCUCUUUGGGUUGGAGACGAUUUCAGACUAUCCCAGUGUUUUACAUCGAAGAUCACAAUGGCAGACACCGAUUACUCAAGUACACACCAGAACAUAUGCACUGUGGUGCCACAAUUUGGGGUCCCAUCACACCUCAGGGCACAGGGUUUUUGGCUGUACAGUCCUUAGCUGGCACAACCCCAGAUUUCCGGAUAGCAGCUACAGGAGUGGUGCUAGAGCUUGAUAAAUCGAUCACUAUUGUAAAGAAAUUAAAACUGAUAGGGUACCCAUUCAAAAUCUUCAAGAACACAGCAUUUAUUAAGGGUAUGUUUAAUUCUCCCCUUGAAGUUGCCAAGUUCGAAGGUGCAGCAGUCCGCAGUGUAAGUGGAAUACGUGGUCAAGUAAAAAAAGCUCUUCGAACUCCAGAAGGUGCAUUCCGGGCAACAUUUGAAGACCGUCUUCUGAUGAGUGACAUUGUUUUCAUGCGGACAUGGUACCCCGUGUCUGUGCCUAAGUUGUACAAUCCGGUGACAACAUUGCUUAAACCAGUAGGAGAGAAAGAUUCCUGGGCUGGAAUGAAGACAGUUGGACAGCUGCGGCAUGAAGUGGGCACUAAAGUGGCUCACAACAAGGAUUCUUUCUAUAAGCCAAUUAAAAGGCAGAAGCGGCACUUCAAUCCACUUCAUAUACCAAGAUAUCUACAGAAAUCCCUUCCGUUCAAAAGCAAGCCCAAGAACAUGGAGAAGAAAGGAGAAGCACCGCGAGACAGGAAGCGACCUGCCGUCAUAAAAGAUCCUCAUGAAAAGAAGAUCUCAGCUCUUCUGUCUGCCCUGGGAGUUGUGCACAGUUACAAAGUAAAGAAUGCAAAAAUAAAACAUCGCCAGCAGCACAAAGAAUUCUUGAAGAUAAAACAAAAGGAAGAGGAAGCAAAAUUGCAGCGGCAGAAGGAAGCCAAAAAGAAAAUAUAUCGCAUCAUUGGACAGAGAGAGAAAAAGAGACUUAAGGCCAGCCUUACAGGAAAAAAACAGAGAUGAAAUGACUUUAUGUAUUUGUAUGAGAUGUAAAGCAGGGCAUGCCUGAAAUCAAAGUUGGAGUAAUUUUAUCAUCAUCAUCUCUGGACUGCAAUAGAAAGUUGCUCUUGAACAUUAUAAACCCCAAAAGAAAAAUACUUCAGGGUUUUGUUAACCACAGAUGUAAAAAAGCUGUUACCAAGUCCUCUGUAUGUGUUGUAUAAUAAAAUCAAAUUCAUUUUU